GGCCUUCGUGGUGCUAUAUAACUGUGCCAACGCCUUCCGUUGGCACAGUACAACGUUCAGUCUUCUUCAAGCCAUAAUGAUGGUCAAAGUUCUGGUCUUGGCUUUAGCCCUUGUGGGAGCCACCUACGCUGACAAGAUGUUCAGCCCGCCCGCUCCUCCCGCCCCAGGAUACUCGUACGGCGCCCCCGAUCUCAGGGCCGACGCCUCCACUCUCGACCAGCAGGAACGGGACCCCAUCGCCGCCCUGGCCGCCAACAUCCCCGGCGGAGGCGUCCCUGGCGAGGACUACCCCAUCCUGGCCUCCGUCCCCGACACCGGAUUCUCCUGCGAGGAACAGGAAUUCCCAGGCUACUACGCUGACACCGCCCCCGAGGCCGGCUGCCAAGUGUUCCACAUCUGCCAGUUCGACGGCCGCCAGGAUGCCUUCCUGUGCCCCAACGGCACCCUCUUCAACCAGCAGUACUUCGUGUGCGACUGGUGGUUCAACGUGGACUGCGCCGCGUCCGAACAGUUCCGAAGUCUCAAUGCUGACAUCGGCAAGAUCCCCACGCGAUGGCAUACCUCACUAUACGUGUCACUGAUGCCUGAUCGCCGAAAUUUUCAGUUUAUGCCAUUCAAUUCUAAAGUUCAUCAGUUAUGGUAUCAGUAUCGACAAGCAAAAAAUCGAGACGUUUACCAUACACAGUAG